GCGCUCACUCACUUCAUGGCUGGAAAGUCAGUCGGCUUGUGCGGAGAAAGCGCGGCUUCACUCAGACCAACUCUACCGGCUAAACCGUCCAGGUUACAGCGCCUCGUUCAGGCACCGGCAGUUUAACCCGUUUAAUUUCCACACAUUAACUGGGGUCGGUGACUAACUGAAGGUACAGUUCGCCGUGAGUGGUGCGCGGUCACUUCUGUCCGUUUUCUCCAGCUCCGAGAGCGCUGACAGUUUGAAGACGGAGAGACGGAGCAGGUAUUCAGCUUGGGACGGACAGAGCAAAACUAAUUCAGCAACAACCUCUUCAGUUCCAGCAUUUUAUUCUCCUCAGACCAGUUUGGACAGGAGAGUGUUUAAAUCCGCGAGAAAACUUUGCCGGUUGGCCUUCACGACGCUGGAACGCGGAAAAAAGAAUAAAGCGACAGUUUUUGGUCUGGAUAGUGAAAUGUUCGUGUUUGUGCAGUGAGCUGCGCUGAUCGAGGAGGGAUGCGCCGCCACUCAUACGGGACUAUACAGUGAAAAAAGCAACACUAAAUCAUUUUAAUCCAACAUCUUCCUCAUCCGUUCUCCAUUCUGACUUAGCUGGUUGUGGCGCUACAGACGCUGCUGGAGGUUUUGUCAUCUCUCACAGCGGGAGGGAGCGAUUUUAUGCGGCUGUUUAGUGAUAGAAGCCGCUUCGCACGUGGAGGUACUGAAUAAAAAGCCCGGGUUAAAAGGGCCACCGAUGUGAGUUUGGCUUGGCGUUUGUUUUGCCUGCUCGAGCCUGAGGUCCAGCCGUAGCCUAAGCGCCGUAAGCGGGACUGAGAGUGAGACUUUGAGCGAUGCCGCAGGUGGGAGUGCUGCUCUUUCUCGUCCUCCUCCUGUGGAUGUGCGUGCUGGGUCAGGAGCCUGCCUCCAAGGUGGUGGCGGAUCGCUAUGCCGUCUACUGGAAUCGCACAAAUCCGAGAUUCUACAGAGGAGACUAUCACAUUGACGUGUGUAUAAAUGAUUACCUGGAUGUCUACUGUCCUCACUAUAUGGACUCCGUGCCAGAGGAGAGGACCGAGCGCUACAUGCUCUAUAUGGUCAACUACGAUGGCUACAGCUCCUGUGACCACACGGCCACAGGCUUCAAGCGCUGGGAGUGUAACCGGCCACACUCACCCAACGGGCCUCUAAAGUUCUCCGAAAAGUUCCAGCUCUUCACGCCGUUCUCUUUGGGCUUUGAAUUCCGACCAGGCAGAGAAUACUACUAUAUAUCCUCUACAGUCGGUGAAAACGGGAGAAGGACCUGCUUAAGGCUGAAAGUUUUUGUCAGACCAGCAAACAACUGCGUGAAGACCGUCAGCGUUCAUGACCGAGUAUUCGAUGUCAAUGACAGAGUGGAUAACUCGAUAGAGCCAAGAGAUGACACGAGCCAUGAAUCGGCCGAGCCGUCCCGAGGUGAUGUCAGCUCUGCUGGGCGUGUACGCGUGGUUGGCGCUCUGCUAGCCUCAGCCCUGCUCCUCUUGGUGUCUCUCUUAUCAUUAUAGCGGCCCAUGUGGGUGCAGUAAUAUGUCCCAAUCUUAACACGCUGGAGGACUCGCAAAAGAGCACUUUUAAGUAGACAUCGGAGGUCCUCAUUAUCUUGGUGGAGAUUCAGAACAUGUUCCUCUAACAAGAAGAUGCCAAAAGUGUUCUGACUCAGUCGGUGAGAGGGAGAUUUUCUCAUUGCCCAGUGGCAUUACUGGGUGGAUCUUGGUGGAUUUCAAUUAAUAUGUCCUCGUCCCUCUACCAGCCUUCUAAUUGACACAAAAGAACCAGGCACACACCCUCGUAUACAUACACACACAUCUUUUCUCCCUCGUGGCCCUACACUUCACCCGUCCAAGGGCUUAUCUUGAGGAAGAGGGUUGAAAAGGGAAAAAGGAAAUGACUUUUUGCAGAGACUGAUUUCUAUGGCACCAACUGACUAUGUUUGACAAUGUGAAACAGUUUUAGACAGAGCGAUGGAGGACUCCUGCCAACUAGUGUGAGACCAUUGUGUCAAAGAGAUCUAGGCACUGGAAAUGUAUGCAACUUUGAGGACUGCAGACUCAGUUGUUUACAGGAUCGAAUGGGAGCCGGUGGUUCGAGAGCAAAUCUUCUAUAAAAAAAAAAAAAUAAAAAAAAACCAGAAUGGAUUAUUUUUGAUGGGACAAGUCACUGAGGACACUUUCUCAGAGGAAUGGUAGCUUUGCAAGAGUUUUCUUAGAUAAAGAAAUAAGCACUCAUUUUGUACAUUGUGUACAGUUAUGGGAAUAAGAAGUGGACGCUGUAUUCUUGAAGUGAAUUGCUCAACUCAAGUGUAGUAGCUAUAUUGGUAUUUUUAUUAUAGAGUUUGGAGCCUCACUGAUCAAUUGUUUAAGUGAAUAUACUAAUUUGUUUGGCAAAGCAUUUUUUUCCCUCCCUAUUUAUUGCUCAGUCCUUGUGCUCCUCACACUGCCUCACACUUUAGCCAAUAGCCAGGAUUCAGGAGGAGGUGAACAAGAAUGCCUAGCCUCAGCACUAAUUCAGCAUAAUCAUAAUCCAUGCAUUUAAUCUGGGAUAGAUUAAGACAUCUCUACAGAUUGACGUCUCAUUGUGGGUUACUAUUUUAUUCGAUUUUUAACCUGAUAUCAGGGAAAGAGCAAACAGUGAAUGUUGCCAUGCCAUAUUGUCUGUCUGUGGUCAUUUCAAAACAAAGUAAAUGAAUCUGUCUGAUUGUUUAAAUGGGGUUGAUGCUUAGGCAAGCAACACAUUUAUUGGUUUAUUGAAAUUCUGUUCUCUCAUCCAAGAAUAUCAUUUUAAUUUGUGCUAAUGAAAUCACACAUAUUGCCAAUUGAACAAUAAAUUUUAAAAUGCAGUGCAUAUCGAAAGUUUUCAGGGAAAUUUUUAAUGCAGAGUGAACAUGUAAAUGAUCUCAUUCAGGUUUUGUUCUAGAAGUUCUCCCAUUUCUGCGAUUUCAUUGGCUUUUUGAAAGCUGGUGCUGAGCAGGCCAAACAUCGUCUGAUCGUUGCUCAAACAGUGGCGGAACGCUGACAGAGAGUUGCACCCAUCCGUGGUGGCAGCUGACGCCCUAACGUGAUUUAAUAGGCUCUUUGAUGUUGUCCAGAGUGUCAGGCAUGCGGGCCACAUACUGCGGCCUCAUGUGGGUCAUUUCUGGAAUUAAAAAUCGACUGGCGCGUGAGAGUGGCUCGGUGUCCGGUUCAGCUGCAGGCUAGCGUUACUCUCAUGAACUUGGGCGAGAGGAGGGGAAAGACGAGAGCUCCUGCUACGAUCAAUAGUAAUGGGCUUCACACGUG